AUGGACCCCCCUCGACCCACCUCGAACACGUCUCAGUCUUCUGAGCUCUCAACUUUUGAGUUCUCGUCAGUUGAAUCCGAAUCUGAGGAUCCUUUUAUGCUACUGGCGAAGGAUGUGAAGCAGCAGCCAUUCACAACCAACACGAGCUUACAAAAGUCCUUGGAACGCCGUCAACGAGAGCUUCAGCAAGACCAAACUCGGGAUCAAUACCUCGUCUUUACGUCUGUUCCCCCGGAGCAAUCUUCCAGAUUGAGUGAUGAUCGGUCGCGAACAAGCAAAUACUGUCGAUUCUCUUUCAAUGCAGAAACGGGAAUCUUGAUCGCGAAAAUAAUGCCGAAUCUUCCACACGAACUUGCAAUAAGAUCAUUUGAUGAGCUGAUUUCUCUCGAGCUACGUGCGAUAAAUGCCCGUCGUGAUAUGAUACCUUGCGGCUCGACAACAUUUACGAUUGGAAAUUGGAAAAAAGAGGCCGACUGCUGCUGGGCCCCGGCGACAGAUGCAAGACUGAGCUUUGUGAUGGAAGUAGGAUUAUCAGAGUCUGCGCGACGACUUGCUCUUAAUGCGCACGGUUGGCUUGAGACUUACUCCUCAUCUGUGAAACUUGUGGUGACAAUCAGUAUUAAACGCGAAAAUCCCGAAAUCAUCUUGUCCCGAUGGGAACUUGUUCCUCGAGGAUAUGGCGUUCUUACAAGAUUAUCCCCUCUUUCAGCGCGUCGUACUGCAUCUCUCAAGUUAUCUCGAACGAAUAACACAACCUCCGUUACCGGAGAGUCCUACAUGAAUGGCAUAACUACGACUACUACACAGCUGGAUCUACCCUUCGACAAGAUUGUUGGCCGUCCUCCUCACAAGCCCCAGGAGAGAGACUUAGUGAUACCCGAGCGAGAGCUGAGAAUUUUUGCCGAGGAUAUCUGGCGUCAGCAGAGUCUCCUAUAA